GAGGCAUGGCGGGACAACAGGUGACGCAGUGCGGGUGGCGUGCUUCACACCAGGCUAUUGUUGCGUCUUUGUGAUGCUUGUUGUUGUUGUGUAGCGCCAACAAAAAGGGGGCUAAUCCUAACCGCUGGUAUUUGGGAGGAACAGGUCACACUGGUACUCGAUCUUUCUCUGUAUGCAAGUGCGGGGUGGGGAUGGAGGGGGAGAAGCUCAGAUAAAUACAAAUACCACUCACCAUACGUCACGCGUAAUUUCUGCGGAGACAUUACAUUAUGACCCCACCCGACCCCCACCUCUGCCCUGCAACCUCAAACAGCCAGUACCACAAGCUAGUAGUGACGUCACAUGAUCUGUCAACAGACCGGCUCGCUGCUGGUGGUGCGUACACUGACUUGAGAGGGUUUGGGGGACGAGUGACGUGCGGCCCCCAGCGAGACUUUCAUGUCGCUGCCGAGUCUGACUCAAACGUGCGGAGUCGUCGUUACCGAUCGUCAAAAAAAGGGGCCAAGAGAGAAAGUUGAUAAGCCAACAAAGACUAGGAGUGUUGACCGCGACAGUUGGUAAAUGACUCGAACUCUUUUCCUCAUUCUCACUGGCAUGAGUGAAAAGCCUCGCCGGGCCUCGAACGGUCGGUGACCUCAUGCAACCGUGAAGUGUGUCGUCCACAGCACUGAGUGUACAGGACCGAGGGAUAUGGCAGGCGACAUGUCGAUGUGUGCCGGGGACAUUGCCUUCCCGUAACAUUUUCCUGGUGUGCAUGGUACACGCGCAGUGCUGGUACUCCAUCGUCUUUGCUCGUUUUUCUCCCUCUCUCGUUUUCUCAAGUUUCCCGUUUUGCUACGUUCGCGGCUCGCGUGCGCAACGGAACGAAGGGGCAAGAGGUCAAACAUCUGGGCGGCUGUCUUUUGUGCAGUGACUGCGUGCUCCACAUUGUGUUUUAAUGAGGUCUAAGAACACCUUCAACCUGCUAAAGGCAGAUGGCUAGUACUGGACUGAAUGUAGAGUUUCGUCUGAGGCUGUGAUACAGACAGGCGCGAACUCAUUUGUGUCACGAGCCGGAAAUUGUUUGCUGAUGACCCGAGAAAAGAGCCUAACACAAACUUUGGUGCUGAAACAAUAACGAAAGGAAACGAGGACAAGUGCGUCACGAUCCUUAUGUGAUCUGGUCAUAGACUGGCGUGCGCGUUGACAGCCAUCCGAAGAGUUAGUGUCGUGAAUACGACAGGGAUUUCUGUUGGCGAAGGGUCCCGAGCUUAGAGCACUCGAGACUCAUUCUGGGUUUGUGGAGGGCUUCCAGAGCCGUGAGCGAAGGUGUGGCCGCUUACAGACGUGCAGACUUUGGUGGGACCGCAGGCGGUGACCGCCAGCGCGAAGCAAGCCGCGGAAGUAGUUUUGCCCUGUAGCGACAGCUUGUGCGUGCUUGUAUGGGUAUGCGCGCGCGAGCGAGCGAGCGUUCUCAGCCCUUGUUUACUAUUUAUAGCUGUGAACUGUGUGGACUUGGGCUCGUCCACUUCUCCCUGCAGGUCUAAGUGAUAUCCGACUUUGAGCGAAGGGAAAGGAGUUCCCGCACAUUCAGGACAGAGGCGACUUAGGAAAGCCAGGAGGGAAGCGGACUUGGGCCAAAAUCGCUGUCUUGCCAACUAGUGACCUACAUGACUGUGCAAGAAAAAUGCAGAGGAAGCUGAAUGGCAGCGGUGGCUUCAAGUUGACCGACGAAGUUUUCAAGGCAAGGAGCGAGCAGCUAUAGCGACUCCACACGGCGGUGCGGCAUCGUGACUUGGCGCCAAGAGCUCGGCGUCCGCUCCUAGUGCACACUGUCAGCUAAAUUUAGCCCCACACCUCGAGGACCUCAAGAAAGUGGGUGGGUGAUGAUGAGAGGGUGGGACUGGUGGUGUGGAGUGCCAAUGCGGCUGCGGACGCUGUAAUCGGUGAUACCGCCGGCACACAGGCGCUGUGAAGUGCUGCACGGCAUAGAGCGCUGGACAGUCGCUCGCACACCUUCCCGCCCCCAGCUUGCUUCCGUCGAUCGAGACUUUUGUUCACGGGCGAUGCGUCCGGUAGGUGUUUGCACGCGUCGCGUCGUGCCAGCUGCUGCAGCGGAAAGUGCACGAGGAAUAGCCAUUGCCUGCCUCCUAAUCCGACAUGAAAGACACGUCAUCGCAGGCGGCAGGCGGCGCGAAGUAUGAGCGGCAAGUCGACGUCACCGUAGACAUGGACACCCUCUGCGAGUCCCAACACCACGGUGGCAGCAGCUGCUGCACGUCGUGUGACCCAGCGGCCAGCAUGCAGACACCUGCCGAGGACAUGGUGACUGUCACCUUUACCUGCGGGGGAGACGAGGAUGACGACAGAGGUAUCAGCGAGCCCACCACGGGCGGGCGUGAACCUUGGAACUGUUAUUCUUUCACCACCACGGCCACGCCGACGCACGCAGGAGGGCGCGGCGGCGGCGACGCGUAUCAGGAGCGUGGCCAGGUGAGCAAAGCGGCGUUGAUCAAAAGGAGCUCCUCCAGCUUGCAGCCCAUCAGCGAGGAAGAGGUGAUCGAGAUGAUGGAGCACGCGGACGUGAGGGAGGUGAUGUCCUCCAUGCCGCCAUGUGACUGUGACGCUUGCCUGCUCAGGGACAGGGACCCUCCCACCAGUCCGGCGCCAUCUCUCAAACGGCAAAGUUCCUGGAAGAAGAUUCGAAGCAUCAUCAGAUGGUCUCCCUUCAUUCAAGUUUUCAAGAAGCAUCGCUACCCAUGGAUUCAACUGGCUGGUCACCAAGGCAAUUUCCAAGCAGGUGAAGCUGGAUCUGUCUUGAAGAAACUGGAUAACAGAGAAUAUACAUGUUUCCAGCAGCUUAUGAAUGACCGAUUACAGCCUUUUGUGCCAGAGUUCCGAGGAGUUGUGGAAAAGAAUGGUGAUCGGUAUGUCCAACUCCAGGAUCUCCUGUGUGAGUUCUCAUCACCAUGUGUAAUGGAUAUUAAAAUGGGAGUGCGUACCUAUUUGGAAGAAGAACUGGAAAAAGCUCGCAAAAAGCCAUCACUGCGAAAAGACAUGUACCAGAAAAUGGUGGAAAUUGACCAGAAUGCACCGACAGUUGAGGAAAAUGGUCAAAGAGCUGUCACCAAACCUCGUUACAUGCAGUGGCGGGAUGAGAUGAGCUCCUCUGUUGAUCUUGGUUUCCGCAUUGAAGGCAUUAAAAAGAGUGACGGUGCCUCCAGCAAAGAUUUCAAGAAGACAAAGACAAGGGAAAACGUGAAAGAAGCCCUGAAAUCGUUUGUCGGCAGCAAUGACAAGAUUUUGGUAAAGUACAUGCAGAGGUUACGUGACAUAUGUGCUACUCAAGAAUCAUCAAAGUUUUUCCAAUCCCAUGAGGUCAUUGGAAGCUCAUUACUGUUUGUGCAUGAUGCACAGGAAAAUGUGUGUGUAUGGAUGAUUGACUUUGGAAAGACAGAACCUCUUCCAGAAGGAGUUGUUAUUGACCAUCGUGCACCAUGGGUGGAGGGCAACCAUGAGGAUGGGUACUUGUUUGGCUUGGACAAUAUCAUAUGCAUUCUUCAGGAGCUCCAUGAUGGCUCUUCUGUUUGACUUUAUGACCGUCAUUUGUCAUCCCAUUGCCCCUGAUCUCUUCAUUGGUUAAUUCAGCUCCACAGACGCUGAACAUCAGACAGCCAGCCAUUGUUGUAUUAAUGAUGUAUGCUCAGAGCUUGAGACAGAUAUUUUCUGUAGAGGGAUAUAUUUCUGGUGACAUGAUAUUAACUACAAUUUGUAGACUGCCUAGCCCCUGACUGGGGAAAGAACACAUGUAUGUGCAGUUGGAAGCUGUCGUGGUGUUAUCUGCAUUACUUAACAGUGCCAGUGAGAAAGGGCAUCACUGGUCUUGACAUUUGUAGAGAAGCACUGAGGCAAAGAUGCUGGCUUCUCGCCUUGUGAUAGAUGUUGUGUACUGUCGUCAUUUUCCACACUUCACCACUUUCAGAAUUUAAAUCUUGUUCAUGUUAAGCAAAGCCAUGGAAGCACCAAAACUUUCUUAUCUUCCAUUAAUCAUCUGUGGGAGGAAUGAAAAAUAAAAAUUUAUAAAUUAGGGAAUAACUCUUCAGCUUUCUCUCAAAACUUUUGUGCAUCAAAAACCUACAGCAGUACAAUAAAUAAUAAGGUGUACUUAGAUUUGUAAUAUAAUUAAAGUGCUUUGAACACCAAAAUGCAAAUAGAAUUUAAAGGCUAACCCAAGAAUAAAAUGUGAUACCUUAUUCUCCAAAUCUGGGAUUGUAAGAGGUUGGGAUCUUAUUUCCCACAAUGCCAAAAAAACCCAGCCUUGCAAAGUGGUGACGCCUUUUUCAACGUAUGCUCAAAGCUCAUGGAUUGACCGCAGCCUUCAGUGACAUUAGACUCUGAUUGGUCUUUAAAUAAUAGGUAUUAAUCAUUCUGUCAGAUUUUGAAUUAUGAAAGGAUUGCUUUUACAGUCACGUCCUAAGCACAACAUGACUGCCAUGGACUGAGGUACUCUUGCAAAGGACAGCAAGCUGACUCUAAUUUGUGACAUAUCUAUAGUUUGACAAGAAAACUGUAAAGCAGUGUGAGGGAACUUAUCAAUCUGACUGGCAAGACCCUGAUUUAGAGCAUGCAAUCUGCUGGAAGGCACAGUUAGUAUACAGUUUAGAGUAAGGGUUAUUUUUGAUCAAGCUUUUCAUCACUGUAAUAAUUUUAAUUAGUAGGGUACAAUUCUCAGCAUUUUAAUGAGGCUGUAAAUGUACUUUUGAGUGUCUUUGAGCAUAAGACAUCAUCACAUGGCAGCCUUCAUGAAUUAUCUCCAGGUUGUGUUUAAGAUGUGAUUGUAAGUAACCGUUUUGCAAUCCAACAUUUUGAGUGAAAAUAAUUUAAACCCAACUUGUGUUUCGGCUUCAUUUUCCUUUUUUAACCUUUGGCAGAUCUACAAUUUGUUAAAAAGUCUAACAGCAGGAGAGCUCUUACCUUUACUUUUUUUUUUUAUAAUUUCACAAAAAGCGUCCACCACAAAGCAGAUCUCUAUUCUGAAUCUGAAACACAAAACCUAUUUCUUGUAACCCCAGACUCAUGUAUUACCUUAAACCAGUUAGCAUUUCUUUUAACUUUUUUAUUUAUUUGAAGCUAUUAAUAAGCUUCAAACAGUUGUAAAAACUUUGCGCUAAAUGACAAAUGUUUUCACUUAUAAAUGUGGAAGCAGUAAGACUAUGCAUACAGAAAGUGCUUUUUAGUUGAUUAAUUGUAAAAUCCGAGCAAUAAAUAUAUUUUUAAUAAGAAUAGACAGUCAUUUUUAACUGUUAUAUUUAAUCAUUCUAAUUUUUGUUUUUCAAUACAGAAAAAUAAGAAACCAAUAAAACUUAAUGGUUAUCCUCCACCUUUAACCCCCUUUAAAAAUGCCCUAAGCAUAACUCAUUUAAGACAGGUUACAAAUGUAACCUUUCCAAUAAAACAGCAAAAUGGUGGUUAGAAUGGGCAGUUGAUUAUUAUUAUCAUAUUGCUGAAAUUAGAAUCUUUCACAAUUUAUCUGAAUUUGUACUUAACCAAUGCGCUGCACACAAAUUGAUGUUGACAGUGAUAAUUGCAUUCAUCAUACAACCUACGAAUAUGUUAAUUUAUCAGCACAAAGCACAGACUGCAUUGUGUACAAAUAAAUGUGAAUUUAGAACAGUGUUGGCAAUUUUGAAAUUUAGUUCUAAAAGGCCUUUUUCUAUGUUGUGGGAAAGCAUGCACAGAUAACACUUAAAAAAAUUUAAAGCACAGGUUUUAAUUGCAGCAGGAUGAAGUUCAUGACAAUCUACUCUCCUUAUAUACUUGCAUGCAUACAAAUGUGUUUGUGUAUAGCCAUCUAUUGUGUGCAAGAAUGUGUAGAUUCUACUGAUGCUUCAAAUUUAAAUGGGGCUUUGAAAAGUUCCAAUUUAUCUGUUGUUUAUAUAUUCGAUUUAGCCUGGGAAAUCACAGCCAUUUUAAUGAUUAACAGAUAAACCAUUUUAUUAAUGUUUAUUGGUUGUCUCCCAUCCUUUUUAAUGAAUAAGUUUGACCAAUGUAUACUUCAUUGAUUUAAACAAUCACAUCACUUUAGUCAAUGAUGAAAGUUUGGACUGCUAUAAAUUGCAGCCACACAGUACAUCUCAGGGCUCGUCAAUGUCACUAAAUUUUGCUUUCUAUGACAGUUGGAUUGGCAGUGGUUAGGGCUAGUACUUACAUCUGCUGAGAGUUUUUGCUGUCACAUCUUCUAAUAAAUAUAACCUUAUAAUUCUGUCAAUAAUAAUAUAUCAGUAGUCUUUUGCAAAUCUGGCUUUCUGAUUCUCGAUAAAGAUGUUGCAGCUAGUAAAUGUAAAUUUUACUAGACAGUCAUAAAGAAAAUUAAACCCUAGAAAUUUUACUUUGGAGCCACAACAUUCCCCAUCACUUACAUUAGUCAGGCCAGUAUUACAUUGACAUGGAGGGCAGCAAGGUACCUACACACUUCUGUAUGCUCUUCAUUUGUUAGCAAUGAAGAUCAUCUUCAGAAUAUGAAAUUUGCUGAAUGUUACCUCAAACCAUUUUAAAAAUUCCUUUUUUUCUGUUUUCAGUAGAGAUUGCUUGUGUGCUUUGUUAUAUACAAUUCUUAUCUUGUGUUUGGCCGAUGUGUCAUGCUAAGAUUCUGUAUCAGUCAUUUGCUUGCUUAUGCUGUAUUUACUCUCUCAUAAACACAUUUUGACUGUUUUUAUAUCCAAAGAAUGCAAGUUCCAUUUUUACCUGAUGUGUUAAAUGCUGUCUCCUCUCUCUGAUUAUUGCAGCAUGAGUUGUCAGUAAAGCUGUUCCAUUCCCAAAGAAGACAAAAUAAAACAGCCUCACUUCCUCAGUUCUUGCUUUUUUUUAACCUAUGUCCUGGCCAUGUUUUUCAGUGCCUAUACAUCGAAACAAGCAGCCUCAUAUCUGAAAACCUUUGUUCAUGUACAAAUCCUGACAAUCUUCAAACUUCAGGGAGUAAGUAGGAAAAUGGGACUGUUAAUGAUUCUUUGAAAAGAAGAAAAUGCUUACAUCCCACCUGAUAGUUUAGGGGAAAUUGUUUAAUUAAAUUUUUUCUUGUGAGGCGGAAACACUCUUUAUAAUUGCAUCAGGUUUACUUUUCAGUCAAAACGUUAGUGACAGAACACCACAGAAAGACCCAGAUGGCAUGUUCUAUUGUUGAUGCUAAAGGUUGUAAAUGCUUGUCUAUGACUAGCCACAUUACAAACCUUUUAUGCUGAGUCAGGUUAACUUAUUUCUAAUUAAGCUACCCUACAAUUCAAAUGUUGUGUAAAAUAUGCACAAUACAUCAAUACAGUACUUAUAAAUGAAA